AUGUUCCAAAGCAAAGUAUUUUCUCGAACUGCUUAUAUAUCCACUCAAAAUUCCAUCAAGCAAAUUCGCUUGUCGCCAGAUGUGAACCAGCACAUUCGAGCGGGUGAUUUAUUCUUUCCAUCGAUAGCCGAUUUGUCCUGUUCAUUAGGCGAUUACGACAUGCUUGAUGAUGCGAAAGUGUGGCCCUCAGAACGCGAAACUCUGCCACAGUCUUUUCUCAGCACCGAGCAGUUUGUCGAUGCCCGACCAGAAGUGGAACAGGCUGAUGAGCAAGAAGCUGUAAUGAAUUCGGUGAAGCCAAAAAGAAGCUUAUUUAGCCGUUUGAAUAGAGCAGCGAAGAAUAUCUCUCGCUUUGAAUCUCGUUAUUCACGUCCAACUUCGUAUUCCUCAACAAACUGGGACCUCGGAGCAUCGAGCGAACAAGACAAGGUAGUUUUUACUAUUAAAAUGUUUUCUACAAGCUUGUGCAUGUACAGGCUUUCUUAG